UCAAGAGCCGCUUCGCCAACAGGAGGGAGAGGCAGGAGGUGCUGCGAUCCAUUGGAAGCAGCAGGAGGAGAGACAAGCCGAAGCAGCCGGACCGCAGAGCCUGGAGCGCCGAACCCGGCCGCUGCCCUUGGCUCGCCUCAGCCUCCCCCUCCCGAUGGCUUCUCCCGGGGAGCCUCUGCCUGAAGGUCUUGUAGCAAAAGAACCCGUGGAAGAUACUGACCCUAGCACUUUAUCUUUGGAAGAAACAGAAAAAUAUCCUAUUCAAGACACAGGGUUACCAAAAGUUGAGAAAUACCAAACUGAAAAAGUGACAUUGGAAAAAGCAUCUAUUAACAUUCGGAGCCUAACAUCAGAUUCAGGCCUGAUACAACAGCCAGAAGAGGAUGAUGAUGAUAACCAAGGUAGUACUGGUGGAUCAUUCACAGCUCUCAAGAAAUCAUACACAGAAAAUGGCACCUGCUCCUUCUGUAACUCUCGCCAACCAAUCAUCAGUGAUUUGCUCAAUGAUGAGGACUUGUUGUAUAUUUUGAGGAUAAAGUUGGAUCCCUCCCACCCAACAGUGAAAAACUGGAGAAAUUUUGCAAACAAAUGGGGAAUGACCUAUGAUGAAUUGUGCUUCCUGGAACAAAAACAACAGAGUCCCACCUUGGAAUUUUUGCUGCGGAACAGUGACAGGACUGUGGAGCAGCUGAUUGAUCUAUGUAAAUUAUACCGAAGAGCUGAUGUUGAAAAAAUGCUACUGAAUUGGGUGGAGAAAGAAUGGCCAAAGAGAGGCCAUGGAACCUAUCAGAAUAACUUCUAAAGAAGAGAAAAUGUCUAGUCCAUAUUAUUCCUGUGGUGGAAAACUGAGAGAGCUGCAGGGUUUGAUUUGCUGGUGAAAGGAACCACAAGAUCAUUUUUACAGCAGAACACGUUUAAUAUAUCUUUGUGUACUUAGCCUUGUAACGAAAACUAUAAAGUCUUUAAAUGUGAACCAAAGACAAAUGUCUUUUGCAGGUACUUUGAAUCUAAUGUUUGCUUCUUAUAGGUUUUUUCCCCCAACACAUUGAAAAAUGAGUCUCACAGAAUGCUAUUCAGGCUGUUAUUUAAAUCUUAAACUGUUAUCUAAAUCUUAUUACUGUUAAAUGCCUGUACUGCUUUUAUUGAGAGAUGAAUUAAAAUGAGGAGGGGGAAGCAGAGUUAAGACUUCUCUGCAGUGAACAGUCUGAACCUUCCUUGCAAUCUGUUGGUUUGUGUCAGUCAUACUAAAGUAAGGCUUGUUCUGUUCCUUCCCAGGCUGCCACUGUACUACUUUAUAACAUGAAGAAAGCAAACCUGAGCAGCUUGCUGGGAUAUCCCUGUACGGUUUCCUUGUAUCUGUUCAUUCGUGCCUACAGAUGUGCGUGUGUGAAAUGUCAUGUACUUCUGGAUAGUCACUACAGGAGAACCUUGUUUGUGCUCUUUGCCUUUUUAAAAUAGCUUUGAUGCUUCAGUUUCACCACCUUCCUCUUAGAAUGUCAAUUUCAUUCUGCCUUUGAAACUUCUGAUUAGCAAGAAAGUUCCCUUGAAGGCUGGAUUUUCUUUUGCUGUUGUCUAACUAUUAGAUACCAUGUAGAUCUUUCAUGUUCUGACAUGCUUAAUGCAAAUAAACUGUGCUCUGU